GGCCCCCGACCCGACGUGCACCGGUUUACGCAGGCUGCGUUUGGCGGGAUCGCGGCUGGGCCGGUCCUGUCGUGUCGGAAUCGAGGGUUGGAAACGUCGACAUGAGCCUGUGGGUGGACAAGUACCGGCCGACGGCCCUCAGCAAGCUGGACUUCCACAAGGAGCAGGCCGGACAGCUCCGCAACCUGGUCCAAUAUGGAGAUUUCCCUCAUAUGCUCGUUUAUGGGCCUUCAGGCUCAGGAAAGAAGACUAGGGUAAUGUGUUUACUUCGUGAGCUUUAUGGCGCAGGAAUAGAGAAGCUAAGGAUUGAACAUCAAACAAUUACGACACCAUCGAAAAAGAAACUGGAAAUAAGCACAAUAGCAAGCAAUUAUCACCUUGAAGUUAAUGCGAGUGAUGCUGGGAACAGUGACCGAGUGGUUAUUCAAGAAUUAAUUAAGACAGUGGCACAGUCUCAACAACUUGAGACUAGUACACAGAGAGACUUCAAAGUGGUAUUACUGACAGAAGUUGACAGACUAACAAAGGAUGCCCAGCAUGCACUGAGACGGACAAUGGAAAAGUAUAUGUCCACGUGCAGAUUAAUUCUUUGCUGUAACUCUACUUCAAAAGUCAUUUCUCCUAUUCGUAGCCGAUGUCUUGCAGUACGCAUCCCUGCCCCCAGCAUCGAGGAAAUUUGUCAUGUGCUAAGUGGAGUCUGCAAGAAAGAAGGCCUCAUACUUCCUCAAGAGCUGGCUCGGAAUAUUGCUGAAAAAUCUGAUAGGAAUCUGAGGAAAGCACUGCUUAUGUGUGAAGCUUGCAGAGUUCAGCAAUAUCCAUUUUCAGCGGAUCAAGAUAUUCCUGAGACAGAUUGGGAAAUUUACCUCAGAGAAACCGCGAAUGCCAUUGUCAGCCAACAAACCCCACAAAGGCUGUUGGAAGUCCGUGGACGGUUAUAUGAGCUACUGACCCACUGCAUACCCCCGGAGAUAAUAAUGAAGGGUCUCUUGUUUGAGUUGUUAAACAACUGUGAUGGUUUACUAAAAGGGGAGGUUGCACAGAUGGCUGCCUAUUACGAACAUCGUCUGCAGCUUGGCAACAAGGCCAUCUAUCACCUGGAAGCUUUCGUAGCCAAAUUUAUGGCUAUUUAUAAACAAUUUAUGGAAGAUGGUUUGGAAGCUAUGAUGUUCUAAUAAACAUCUUGUUAUCGAAGAUGUUCUUUGACUUUGAAAGUGAAUAUAACAGGAUGGAUUUUGUAUGCUUUUAAAACCAAACCAAAACAUGUAGUAUACCUUAGAUUUACUCUGAAUUGCACAAAUGUUUUUGUCCCAAUAUACCCAUAUACAACCUGAUAAGGGUGGUGAAAAUAAUUACCUGAAUCCACAAUAAAUGGGAUUUUAAUGAAGA